AUAGAAGGGGGGGAAUGGACUCCCUCCUCUAUAUAAACCGAUACCACCCUUAUUGUUCUUUUUCAUGCCAAAACACAGCUUUUCUCGAAGUACUUCAGUAUACCAAAUCCUCCUACUAACAACACAAUUAUCACUCGGUUCGUGUUUCUGUCGAGCUUCCGGUGUCUUUGUUGGGCAAGUGAGGUGGACGAUAUAUUAACGAUCGAGAUGAAGAGCAAAGCAAGUGAGCUCAUGAACAAGAUAAUCAUGGCCCUAACAUCGAUGGCGCGGGGCAAAACACUAGCUCUCAGGUCCAAGACCAGAGCCCUAAAGGCCCGACUCAUCAUCUUUUCGUUGCUGAGCAACAAGAAGUUCCUCGUGAGCUCCCUUUCCCACAAGCUCCACAAUGUCAUCAGCUCUGGCCACCACCACUGCCGUGGCAACAAGCUCAGGUCCCACGAUGACGAAGAUGGUGAUGGGGACAGCGAUGGCGAUGGCAGUACUGACAACGUGGAAGAAGAAGAUCAGACCGUCAUGCUCUACCGUGACUCCAUGGCCCACCACAGAGUCCCCGACCCUACGCACAACGAGCCAGUAGUAGAUAAUACCAAUGCAGAUGGAAGUUAUUAUGUUUACGACGAUGGUGAUGGCGGUGACGAUGAAAAGUACCCUGACCGGACACACUCGAUGUUCAACUCGGAGGAUCUGGAGUUUGAAGAUCCAGGAGGUUCGGUGAUAGAUCUGGUGAAGAACUCAAAACAAGAGGCCGGGGAGUCGUUCAGCCUUGAAGAGGAGAUCGAUCAUGCCGCAGACUUGUUCAUAAAGCGAUUCCAUCGGCAAAUGAGGUUGCAGAAGCAGCAGUCCUUCAAGGAGCUCCAGGAGAUGCUCCAGAGGGGACUCUAAACUGAUAGAUAGAUAUGCAUAAUAUCCUUUCAAUAUCGUUCGUUACUUGAUAGACUCUCUCAUGGAGCAGAACCGAUAAAACAACCAACAGAGAACUAACUACAGUCUGGAAACCCGACCGAAAUGGUCGUUCAUCUUUGCUUUGAAAAUACUUGAUCACGUAUUCAUCGUAUCACAGUGUGUAUGAGUACAUCAGUGUGUGUAAGGUUCUGCCCUUUUUUUUUUUUUAAACUUAAGAAGGGGGAGUAUCUUGCUUCUAGGGUUUUCUUCCAAUAAAGCAGGAUAUCUUGGGCGAUGUGAUGUAAACAUAUUUUUGUGAUUUGCAUUACUAAGAAAUAAAAUUAAAGGGGGCUGAUCUUAAUUAUUUCC